AUGAAUAGAUUUAAUAGUCAGACUAAUGAGUACUUUAAUUUAAUUGAGAAAUGCAUAUGUACGAUGUUUUUUUUCUAUCUUAGAAAUUCCAAAAGAUGAUCGACUUUAUCUUAGGUAAUGUGCCCAUUAAAACAAUCCAGACAUAAUAUCAAUCCUAUAAUCACAGAAAAAGAAAAAUGGUAUAAAUUUAUAAUUCAUAGAGAUCAAAGAAGACUAUAUAUGGAUUUGCGGAAAUUUUUAUAACAAAAUAAAUAGGGUCGUAUUUUGAAAAAGAAAUAAUAGAAAUCAAAAGAAAAUUUAAGGAAUGGAUCUCCAUAAGUCUAAAGCAAAUAAUAGUCUAGAUAAAAUAGUAUUAGAAAUAACAAUCCUAGAUCAUUAAGUAAAUAACUAUAAUGCAUACAUCCAUAAGAUAAAUCAUAGCAUUUAAUUAUGUAUAUUUAUAUAAAAAAUUUAGGACUACUCCACAUAAAUAAUAAUAAGACAGAUUAUCUUAAAAUUAAAAAUUCCAUACGAGUAGUGAAGGGUUUUUUAAGUAAGAUCAAAGAUUUGAUGAAACUAUGAAAAAAUCUGCAAAAUAGAAAAAGUGGACUGAAGAAGAAAUUGUGAGAAAAUAUGCUGAUCUUUUUACUGCACCAGAUUUUCUAAAGAAAUAUAGAGCAAUAUCUUAAGAUACAGAUCCUGAUAGCAAAGAUUUCAAUUUUGCAAUUCCUUGUCAGAGUUUCAUUUGUUAACCUAAAUAUUAUGCUUUAUAGAAAUUUAGUGCAGAAUAAAUUUUUGGAUUUAUAUUUAUGGAGACUUCCUUAAUAAAAAUAAGCAGAAAUUUCUUUUAAUAUAAAAUGGAAGCAUUUUAUAAUGAGAUCGAUACUGAAAUACCAGAUUUAUAGGAAAUGUUUAUGUUUAUUGAUAAAAAUAAUGAUAGUUUUAUAGAUGUCAAUGAAAUGGGAUAAUUUUUAGAUUUUGUUUGUUAAAAAGAAGAUAGAUCAAAUUUUAUGAAAUUAGAUACAAAUAACUAAGGUUUUUUUACAGAAAAUUAAAUGCUUUAAUAAACAAGAGACCGAUAAUUAACUAGAAGGUAUGAUUUUAAUAUUAUGAAACAGUUAUUUUCUUGAGUUUGAUGUAGGCCAAAAUGGAAAGAUUACUUAUUGGGAAUAUUAUUUAAGGUAUUUAUAUUAUAUAUAUUAGACAACCUACUUAACUUGGACAAAAUUUAAAUAAAUUACUAAAAUGA